AUGGCUGGCCACUACUCAAGCGUGGCUACCUCUAUGUGGGUGACCCUUCUGAACUUAUCGGGCGAGGCCCCGCUGUGCGAGUACACGCCGGUUGGGAAAUGCAUAUCAGCAGUGAUGGGAUUGAUUGGCGUGGGCUUUGUCACGAUUCCCAUGGGCCUGCUGGGUUCCGGCUUUCAAGACUACUUGGAGCAGGACAGCGCAAAGCAGAUGCCUUUCCGAUGGUCUCUCACCGACCUGGGAGGAUGA